CUAUCCUUCGCGAUGGUCUGUCGAUCUCGGCCAAGCUCACGGACCUCGCGUUGUGCACCACGCAGUCGGUUCGUAAUCGCUUACAUCAGAAGAUCUAUCCGAAUAGGUCCGUCCGGUGUUGAACCUAUUCAGUGUUAACAUGCCAUUAUUUGUGUCGGGAACCGCGCGUAGCCCAGUGUUCUGAAUAGAUAAUAUUUGAGCAUACCGCCGUCGAUUGUGUGUCAGAAACAGACAGCGAAAUCAACGUCGUCAAGGACGGAUACCGUCAGCUGUGUGCCCGUGUAAUCGAUUCCGCGAUCCAAAAAAGGUGUAGCAGCUGAUCAUGGAGGAAAUCUCCUUAGACUCUGGUGCCAACGGGUCGCGUCCGCCGCCUAAUCAAUCUCAAGGUGGUGAGGAAAUAGCGAUUUCGAUCAAGGAAGCAGUAAAAAUGUAUUCGAAAAACGUAAUACUCAAAGGAUUGAACAUGACCGUACCGAAAGGCAAAAUAUACGGACUACUAGGUCCCAGUGGUUGUGGCAAAACAACACUGCUUAGCAGUAUCGUCGGCAGAACUAGUCUGGAUUCCGGUGAAAUUAUUCUUAAAGCAACCAAACGAGAAGACAUAGGAUAUAUGCCACAAGAUUUAAAUUUACACGAACAUUUAACGAUAUUACAAACGUUCAAAUUUUAUGGUAAAAUGUUGAACAUGCCAGAACAACUAAUUUUAGAGCGGGCCAAAGAUCUCUCAUUGUUAUUGGAAUUGCCGCCUGAUAACAGAUUAGUCGUAGAACUAAGUGGAGGACAACAAAGAAGAGUAUCGUUAGGAGUGGCUCUUUUGCACAACCCUAAUAUUUUAAUUUUAGACGAACCGACCGUUGGUUUGGAUCCAGUAUUGAGCUCUAGUAUCUGGAAUCAUCUAGUGUCUUUUGCCGCAAACGGCAAAACGAUUAUUAUUACCACACAUUACAUCGAAGAAGCAAGGCAAGCAAAUUUAAUCGGCUUGAUGCGAGAAGGAGUUUUGUUAGCCGAAGAAUCCCCAGAAAUGCUAAUGGCGCGCUGUAACGCUAAUUCCUUAGAAGAGGCUUUUCUAAUACUUAGCCGUAAGCAAGAAAUGUCUGCCAACACUGAGCAGGUCAACGACACGUAUAAUAAAUCAUAUUUCAACAGAGGAAAAGCCACACAAACAAAAUUAAACGAUGGAUUCUUCCGGAUGAACCGAAUGAAUUGUCUUAUGUACAAAAACUUAACUUUAUUAUGGCAACAAAAACCGUUUUUGUGUUUUCUGUUUCUGCUGCCGUUAGUGCAAACGUACUUUUUCAAUCUGGCCAUCGGUCACGACCCCCAAGGUCUAAGCAUAGCGGUUGUCAACAAAGAAGUAGCCUCUAAAGGCAUAGCCGAAUGCAAUCCUGAUUUGUACAGCGGAUGUUUCCUCGACGAUCCAAACAGUGUCACGAUAAGCUGUGCGUUCGAAGACCAAAUCAAAAGCAAAACUCUGAAAAUCACUCAUUUCGACGACGUAAGGACUGCUUUGGCCGCCGUGAGAAAGAACUACGCUUGGGGACUAUUGUAUUUCCCUGUUAACUAUACUAAUUCCAUGGCCGUGCGAUUCGCAAAUGCCACCAGGACAUCGGAAUAUCACGUGGAGAGCAGUACGGUCCAAGCAUGGAUAGACUUGUCGGAUCAAUACAUUGGAAACAUGGUAAAAGCGAACGUACUGUAUACCACUCAAGAAUUCUUGCAAGGAGCUUUACGCCGGUGCAAUGUCAACGAAAAAAUUGCAAACAUUCCUAUAUCGUUCAAAACACCGGUGUACGGCUCGAUACAUACAUCGUUCAUCCAUUACGCUUCGGCUGCCAUCUUGUGCUUGUGUUGUUACUACUUGCCGGUGUUGUUGACGGCAGGUCUGAUUCUCACGGAAAAGAAGGAAGGCAUGAUGGAAAGAAUGAUGGUUUCCGGCGUUAAGUUUACCGAAGUGUUAGUGUCCACGGUCAUCAUUCAAAUGGCAAUCCAUGGUUUGCAAACACUGCUGGCCAUGUACGUCAUGUACAUACACUUUGACAAUCCGUACUUGGGCAGUCAUUUUCCCACCAUGUUGCUGUUGAUGUUGCUGGGAAUGGAAGGGAUGAUUUUCGGAUUCCUGAUCGGAGCGUUAUGCCAAGACUUUUCGAUUGCCGCGUACAUCGGCACCGGCAGCAACAUCAUGAUGGCUUUCACGUGCGGUUUGGUCUGGCCGCUGGAGGGUGCCCACUACCUUCUGAAAACGUACGGUCCGUUCUUGCCGAUGACGGCGCCGGUCAGGGCCUUACUGGCCAUUACCGCCAAGGGCUGGUGGUUUGAUACCGCGCCCGUUAUAGCCGGGUUCGCGUCGAUUUUCGGUUGGUCGGUCGUCAUGGUGGCUGCGAUUUUCUUAGUAAGUCGGCUGAACAAAGACAUAUGGGUGAUGCGCAAGUGAGACGUAGCGACUGGGCCAACAUCAGACUGACACCGUCCUAAUGUUGUAAAACUGUAAAAAAAAAAAAAAAACAAAAACAAAUCAAAA